CAUUUUUGCGAUCUAGUAAUAAAAUAAAUUUGCCUAAUGAUGAGACACUUUUGGAUUUACCCAAAAAAUUACGGUUAAUUGGGGGACCAAUUGUUCCUUUGGGAUUUGCGACGAAAAUUAUUAAAACGUGUCACAAAACAAUGCGUUUAAUGCUGUGAUAUGGCGACCUUCAUUUAAUAAUUGGCAGGUUUAUUGAUUUCCGUCAUUGAUAGUUGAGAUUGAAUUUAGUUUUAGUGUGACUAUGUAAAUGCAUUGUUUAAGUGUAAAUGGAAAUUCACGUGAGUGACAUAGUGAAGGAUCUUCAGUCAAUCUGUACAUCAGCCCCCUUCAGUGACGACCCGAUCGCCAUAAGGAUCCUACACCAAUGCGACUACAGCAAACGAAUCACCUUGGACAUGGCGAAAAGUGGCAACGCAGGCCGUCCCGUCCGAGUUUACGCGGACGGAAUCUACGACCUGUUCCAUCAGGGUCACGCUCGCCAGCUAAUGCAGGCGAAAAGCCUCUUUCCGAACGUAUACCUGAUAGUCGGCGUGUGUAACGAUUACGAUACGCACAGUAGAAAAGGUAAAACUGUGAUGAACGAGGACGAGCGGUACGAGGCCGUCAAGCAUUGCCGUUACGUCGACGAGCUGGUGAGGGACGCGCCGUGGGAAAUCGACGAGGAAUACCUCGCGAGGCAUAAGAUCGACUUUAUCGCGCACGACGAUAUACCGUACGGCACCGACGAUUGCAACGACGUCUACGCGCCGUGGAAGGCGAAAGGGAUGUUCGCCGCAACGCAAAGGACCGAAGGCGUUUCCACGUCGGAUAUUGUCGCGCGAAUCGUUCGCGAUUACGACGUUUACGUGCGGCGCAACUUGGCGCGAGGUUACUCGGCCAAGGACUUAAACAUCUCGUAUUUAAGCGAGAAAAAGAUUAAAUUGCAAAAUAAAAUGCACGAACUGAAAGACAAAGGGAAAAAGGUGAUCGAUUCGAUAGGCGAGCGUAAGGACGACAUAAUCGCCAAGUGGGAGGAGAAAUCUAGGGAUUUUAUUGAAAACUUCCUGCUGCUCUUUGGCAAGGAGCGUUUGACAAAUAUUUGGAACGAAUCCAAGGAUAGGAUAAUGAACGCGCUGAGCCCGCCGAGCUCCCCUACGCGAGAGGGGUCGCCCGUAUCGAACCACUCCAUGAACGGCGGUGAGUCUAGUGACAUUGACGAAUCCAUGCAGCCUCCAAGGAAAACGUCAAGGUAUGAAAGCCCAUCUCCUUCUAAUAGUCGACCUUCGUCUAUCCAUAAGUAUUAUAACAAUGAUUUUAGUGACGACGAAGAUGACUUGCCUAAGUAAACGACUAGUGAUUAGAACUGUAUUACGCUUAAUAAAAUUAAAACCAAAAAUAAACGAGAACCAGUUGGGUAUUGCAUGGAAUGUAGGUAGUGACUAUAUGCUUGUGAUGAAAAUCGGUGAUGUAAAAAUUAUUUAUUUGUUUUUAUAUAUUCAUUGUGUUAGAUUGAGUGAACCACAUAUUUUUUCACUUUUAGUACCAAUAAUAUAGUGGGGUAGUUAUUUGCAGAGUGAAUUUUUGUCACCCAUUUUACACGAACACUUUUUUAAAGUCUCAUGUAUUGCAGUGUUUAUAUAUUUCUACAUUUUUGUAUUAUUUAUUUAUAGAAAAGCGAGUAAAGGAUCAGUCACGAUGUAAUUGUAACGCCAAAAUUUAAAAUGUAACAAAAAUCUAUAUGGGAGUAUACUAGUUUUAUAGAAAUUAUUUGUUGAGCUUGUUAAAUAUAAUUUUUAAAAACA